AUGGCUUUCGAAGGCGGCACCGCCUACGCAGAGUCGGACGCCGACGACGAGUACGAGCGAAGCAUGGGCGGCCACUCCCCUGUCGGCGACUCAGAAGCCUCCCCCAUCGACUCUGAGCUGUCGACAUCCACCGAGCACACGCCCACCACAUAUGGCCGUCACAGCAGUGCUGACCGUCUGCCCGAGACAAUCAUCUCGGAAUGGACCAGCGAGGAGUGUGCCGACUUUAUCAGCAACAUCGGCCUCAACCAGUAUGCCAACCGCUUCAUCGGGGAAGCCCUUGUCGCCCUACUCCACGACGAUCUCAAGAGCAUGGGUAUUGCCAGUGUAGGUCACAGAUUGACCAUUCUGAAAAGCGUCUACGAUGUCAAAAAGGCACAGGAUAUACCCAUGGAGUCAGAUCACUAUUUACCAAUGUCUGCCGAUGCUGAGGCCCAGUACGCUACAGCCACGCUCAACGAUAUCAAGCACCUCGUCGAACAGCUGAGGCUACGAGACGAACGCAUGAACCUGCUCGAAGGGGACCUGCGACGCAUGACAGACGACUUUCGACGGCUACGCGAAGAUGUUUUGCCCGCCCUUCGAAUCGCCAAGGACGCGCAGCAGCCACUGCCCAACGUCACAUCCGGCAGCCAAGGCUAUACAUACGAGGCCGGCAACAUUUCGAGCCCUGGUCCAACGCCCCCGGGCGGUAGCACUGGUGUUGGCGGCGUAAAACGCCAAUAUUCCACACGCAAAAUUUUGAUAGGAGCCACGCCAAAGAGUUCAUCACCCACACAGGCUGGCCACGAAAGAAGCAUUGCCGAGCAAACGCUUGACCCGGCCAGCGCCGCCGAACGCGCCGUCCUGUCGUCGAGUCAUCUUGCCGCCAUGAAUGGCUCUUCCCACAACGCGUCAUCUCCCGGUUACUCGCCAAACAUGCCCUCCCCCACAUCACCGCAAAAUUACCUGAGCGGCACGACGCUUGCCUCGCGUUCAUACCGCAGCGAUACAGCCACACCGUCAAUACGAAACUACACCGAGACGAGCACCUCGCGACGGCGUGAGACACCUGUGCCCGACACCCCGAAUCACCCGCCUGGCUCGGUAGAAAUCUUCAAGUCGUUUCGGGUCUCUAUGGAGGACCCGUGCUACAAGGUUCUACCGGCGGCGCUACGCAAGUACCAAAUCAAUGCGCCCUGGGAUCAGUACGCCCUGUACAUUGUCUACGGCGACCAGGAGCGGUGUCUGGCUAUGGACGAGAAGCCCCUGAUUCUCUUCAAGCAGCUGGAUAAGGAAGGAAAGAAACCCAUGUUUAUGCUACGCAAGACGACCAGUGCCCCAGUGGAUGGCGACCCUGGUAGCGCAGGAGGCACGUCUUCGGGGUACGGCCCGCCCGGUGGCAUCAUAUAG